AUGUCACAGCUAGAAAGUAACGUUUCUGAAGUUCCAGAAAAUAUUAAUGAUAAUGAGAUCAAUAUUGAAGUUUCUGGUGAUAAAUCAAAUGUUCAAAAUGACAGAUAUAAUCAGCAACAACAAGAAGGCAGUGAAAAUGAUGAAUUAGAAAACCAAGAAACUGCUGAUGAUGAUGAAGUCAUCCCAACAGCUAUUGUUAUCAAGAAUAUUCCAUUUGCCAUCAAGAAGGAACAACUAUUGGAAUUUAUCGAAAAUUUAGGUUUACCUUUACCUUAUGCCUUCAACUACCAUUUUGAUAACGGUGUCUUCAGAGGUUUGGCUUUUGCAAACUUCCAAACUACUGAAGAAACAACUAAGGUUAUUGAUUUAUUAAACGGUGAAGAGAUUGGAGGAAGAAAAUUAAGAGUUGAAUAUAAAAAGAUGUUGCCACAAGUUGAAAGAGAAAGAAUUGAAAGAGAAAAAAGAGAAAAACGCGGCCAACUUGAAGAACAACAUAACCUUAACCAAGUAGCCUCAAAUUUAUCCUUACAUUCUUUAAGCAGAACUACUUUGAACAACAUGAACAACAAUAGUUCCUUCUUUAAUAAUAAUGUUAAUUCAGCCUCAUCGUCACAAUUAUUUUCAGUUUUUGUCAAUGGUAAUACGUCAAAUAUUACUCAAAAACCUCCUGCUACCCAACAAUACUUGUCUGCCCAAAAUACCAACUCUUCUCUAUAUGGACAACAAAAUUCAACAACUGAAAGAUAUUACCCACCUUUGCCAUCAUCUACAAUUUUGCCUCUACCGCCACAACAAUUAGAUUUUAAUGAUCCAGAUACUCUAGAAAUCUAUUCACAAUUGUUGUUAUUUAAGGAUAGGGAGAGAAUUUACUAUGAAUUGGUAUAUCCAUUAGGUUUAUCUGCAAACCAUAAACGUAUUAUCAAUGUGUUGUGUUCAUUCUUGGGAUUAGUUGCUACUUAUGAUUCUUCUUUUAUUGUAAUCAGAAGAAAAACAUUAGAUCAAACUAAUUUGCAAUCACAUUUGCAACAAACAGGUCAAAAUGACCAAAUAUCUUCUUCUCAUCCAUUACAACCAAGUUCAACGGGUGGAUCUAUGAAUAAGUCACAAUCUUAUACAAGUCUAUUACAAGCACAUGCUGCUGCAACUGCUGCUAAUAAUAACUUAAUUAAUGGUGGUAGUAUGAUUUCUAAUGCAACAAAUCAAAACCAUAAUUAUAUGGCAUCACCAACAAUGAGUGGUAUGAAUCUUGGUUUCAACGCAAAUUCAAAUAUAGGAUCUCAAAAACUACCUGGACAGCCACCAAUUUCGAUGCAACAACAACAAUCUACUUUACAGAAUGUUGAUCAAUCACAUCAACAACAGCCAUUUAUAAGACAGCAGAAUUUGUCAUCAUCUUCUAGAAUUCCUUCAGGUUAUUCCUCUAAUAAUUUGCAGCUAAAACAAGUUAACCCGUUAUUGAGAAACCCUGGAAUUUCACCACCAACAAACCAAGUUCAACCUAAUACCAAUCAGCAAAGAAUUCAAUCUUCAUUUUAUAACAACAGUACUCUGUCUGGCUCUGCAACUGCUUUGAGUUCUCAAUUUUUGGACCAACAAGUCCAGCAACCAUUUCAACAGUUGAUGCCUCAGAACACUAAUGGCUCUGUCCAUUCUAAUUUUUCAAUGCAUUCAUUUUAUGAAGAUGGUUUACAACAAAAUGUAUCCCCAACUAAUAUGAAUGCCACUGAAUUGUUGAAUUCUGUUAAUGCUAAUAACUUAGACGGGAACUUUGAAGAAGGUUUAACCCGUUCUUUAAGUGGAUUGGAUUUGUAA